AUGAACGAGAAUGAAAGUGUGAAGGAAUUAGAUAAAAAUGUUAUUGACAGUAAUAUAUUUUGUUUCAAAGGCAUUAUUGAAGCCAAUUCUAACAAACAAUCUGACGAAAUGUUUAAAUUAAGUAACGAUCCAGCAACUUGGAAAAAACUUAGUUCGUCAGAUCGCGACUAUUUAGCUGCAGUUGGUCCACCUACUAUGCCAUCAAAGUUUCCCCAUAAUAAACAUGAGAAUCGCUCUUUUCCCAUCUCACUUUUACAAAAAACCUUACCAAAUAAAGAAAAACUAAAACGCGACUGGCUUGUAUGGAGUACACUAAAAAAUGCUUUAUUUUGCUUUCCGUGUUGUCUUUUUUUAAGAGAUGAUGAAUUUGAGCCGUCGGGUUUAUGUAGAAAUGGUAUUGGAAAUAAUUGGAGAAAACUUUAUGAAAAGAUCGAUAACCACGAAGGGAAUACAAAACACAUAGAAAGAUAUUUAUUAUGGAAGGACUUGGUAGAAGCAAUAAAUGGUAGGAAAGGGAUCGACAAAGAUUUGCAAGUUUCUAUUAACACAGAGAAAAAAAAAUGGAGAAAACUCCUUCGGGUAUUAGUAGAUAUUACAUUGUUUUUAGCAGAAAAUAAUUUGCCAUUUAGAGGCAUACACUCAACGAUCGAUCAUGAUGACUGUGGGCUUUUUAUUUCAACUGCAAAAUUAGUUAGUCAUUACAGCGAAACAAUGAAAAAUUAUUUGGACACUAUUAAGGAAUAUAAAGACAGUGACGGUACUCCAGACGUGUCACACAAGGAACAAUUGGUAUUCGUUAUAAGAUAUGUUUUUGAAAAUGCUGGAACUUGGGAUAUACAAGAACGAUUUCUAACAAUGGUUGGCUAUGAAAAAAAAACAGGAGCUGAUAUUGCAAACAAAAUAGAAGAAAUUUUAGUUGAAUGCAAUUUAGAUUUAGCACUAUGCAGGGGUCAAGGUUAUGAUAAUGCAGCAAAUAUGUCUGGCAAAUACAACGGCGUGAAAAGUAAAAUAAUAGAGAAGUAUCCUCAAGCUUUGUUCUCACCAUGUAGUGCUCACUCUUUAAAUCUAUGUGGAGUACAUGCAAUGGAAACCAGCCUAGAAGUAAAAUCAUUUUUUGGAAACAUUCAAAAGCUAUACAACUUUUUUUCUUGUAGUCCAUCAAGAUGGAAGAUACUUCAAGAAACUGCUGGUCUUUCACUACAUUCAAUAUCAGCUACUAGAUGGAGUGCCAGAAUUGAUGCUGUUCAUCCAUUAUCUAAAAAUUAUUCCGGUAUUCUAAAUUCACUUGUUCGUGUUAAAAAUGAAAUUAAUCUACCUGCAGAUAAUCAUGCAGAAGCAGUUGGUCUAAUUUCAUGGUUACAUUCCUUUCAAUUUAUAUUGUUAACAACUAUCUGGUACAAGGUUCUUCAGUGUAUUGAUGAUCGUAAUAAAAUUAUUCAGAGCAAAAAAUCCUCCAUAGAUGAAAGUUCGAUGCAUUUUCAACAAUUAGCUACAGAAAUUCAACAGAUAAAAGACUCUUGGAAUGAUUUAUUACUGGAGUCUAAAUCAGUAGCUUCCACUUUGAAUUUAACAACAGAAUUUAGAAUAACUUUUAGAGUUCGAAGAAAAAAACAUUUUCACGAUGAUAUUUCAGAUGAACAGCCUUCCCAUGAUAUUAAUAUCAAAUUUAAAGUUGAAGUGUUUGUAACCGCAUUAGAUAGGCUUUUAUCAGAUAUUUAUGGUAUUCAAGCAAGUAUGGAGAAAAUAACAAACACAUUUUCUUCAAUAAUCAGUCCACCAGAUACAGAAGAACCAAGUGCUGAAUAUUUCAAAGCUCAAGCUGAUAUAAUUUCAAGUGUAUAUCCUAAUGACGUGUGUGCUAAUAAAGGACUUCAAAAUAUACUACCUCAAAUAUGUAUUUGUCUUCAAAUACUUUCUACCAUUCCCACGUCUGUAUCAACGGGAGAAAGAUCUUUCAGUAAACUGAAAUUAAUAAAAAGUUAUUUACGUUCAACUACAGAAGAAAACCGCUUAAACCAUUUAAUACUUCUCUCCAUCGAACACAAGUUGGCAAAGACUCUAGAUUAUGAUGAUGUUAUAGACAGCUUUGCUGAAAAAAAAGCUAGGAAAAAGGUUUUCUGA